GCCUCUUCAGCGCACCUCCACUUGCUUUCCUUGAUUCAGUACCAUUGAAAGAUUGCAGCGCCGCUAUUCCUAGGCUUCUUGCUGUUCUUGAUCUCGGAAUUUUUAAAAUAAAAUCUAUCUUUCCGACAUACCACUCAAUUUACCUUCGAAAUUAUGGAAUUGACUCGGCGGGGACGAUACGGGCUUACGCCUCUCCUCUUUUUCAGCAAUAUGCUGAUCUGGAUCUCUGCCGUUAUUGUGAUGGGAAUCCUUUCGUAUUUCAUUUCAGUCAACAACAACCAAGGCAGUCACAUCAUCUAUGAGGAAGUUAUUUCCGUGCUUACAGUUGUAUUCUUCCUUCUUGCGUUUUUCAUCGGCGCCUACCCAGAUCACCUGUUAAUUUUCAACCUCGUUUUUUCAUAUCUUUGGAUCGUGGCCGUUGCUUUCACCGCCGACGAUUUCACACACUCGAAUAGUGCGCUGGCGGAAACCGUGGAGGCAUUUAGCUUCAUUGCAUUCUUCUGCUUGUUAUUCAACGUCAUUCACGAAUGGCAUAUUGGCUACGGUGAUGUCCGUUCUACCUCGAGAGUUUGAUGUUGCAAAUUAUAGCCAACCCUAUAAUAUCUUCGAUGGUGUAUUCAGGAGUGUCAGAUUGUUCAGCG